AUGUUCGCCGCUUUCGAAGCAAGUGUGUCGCACCCGCACUUGGCAAUAAAGUUUGUGGCAAGAGACAACAAGGUGGCGACGGUAAGAGGCGAUCAAACGGUAGCAAGGAGCUGCUACAGCAUAUUCAUGAAACCAGCACCAAAAGUCACUUUGAAAGCCCAGCCAGCACCCCAUAUGGCGACAACCCAGGUAACAACUGAUGCCCUCACUGGAAAGGGUAAAGAACUUGACCAGUGUCUUCUUGUAGAAUUUGAUGCACGGGACGACCCUCGGAUGGAGCAUUCCAGGCCCACACCAGACGGAGCUCUAGAGCACGUAGUUCUGGGCGAGAAGGACCAAACCACAACCAUUGGGGCGUUCACCAACCCAGAGCUGAAAAGCAGGUUGAUCAAACUCCUACGAGACAACAAGGACCUGUUCGCGUGGAAGCCAUCUGACAUGCCCAACAUAGACCCGGAAGUAUGUUGCCACAGAUUGUCAGUAGACCCCAAAGCAAAGCCCGUUUCGCAGAAGAAGAGGAAGUUUGGCCCAGAUCGCCAAAGGAUUAUUGACGAAGAGGUAAAGAGACUCUGGGAUGCCGGUUUCAUCCGAGAAAUUAAGUACACUACAUGGCUCUCAAACCCCGUACUAGUCAAAAAACCUAGUGGGGCGUGGAGAAUGUGCAUUGAUUAUACCGACCUCAACAAGAUGUGCCCAAAGGAUGCCUAUCAUUUCCCAAGCAUUGACCAGCUCGUUGAUAACUCCUCAGGAUUCAAAGUGCUUUCAUUCAUGGAUGCAUACUCAGGCUAUAAUCAGAUCCCAUUGCUAAAAGAAGACCAGGACAAAACGGCGUUCGUCACACAGACUGCUAAUUACUGUUACACCAUGAUGCCGUUCGGAUUGAAAAACGCAGGUGCCACUUACCAACGAAAGAUGAAUGAAGUCUUCAAAGACUUGAUUGGUGACAACAUUGAGGUCUAUAUAGACGAUAUGAUCGCUAAGUCACAAACUCCAGAACAGCACUUGACACAUCUCCAAGGCGUGUUCAAUAGGUUGAGAAAAUACAACAUGCGGCUCAACCCAAGCAAAUGCGCCUUCGGAGUUCCAGCAGGGAAGUUCCUAGGCUUUAUGCUGACUGAAAGAGGUAUUGAAGUUAAUCCUGACAAAUGCAAGGCGGUCAUUGAGAUGAGAAGUCCCCAGACGGUUAAAGAAGUGCAGCAGUUGACCGGAAGGAUAGUCGCACUCACUCCUUUCCAAGAAUUCAAAAGAGCGCUGUCAUGCCCACCUGUCUUAACAAAGACAGACAUUGGAGAGAUCCUUUAUUUAUAUCUCGCCGUUGGUGUAGAAGCCAUCAGUGCCGCCUUGGUCAGAGAACAGAACGGAGAAGCACAGAAACUAGUGUAUUUCAUCAGCAAAGUCCUGCAGGGCGCAGAGCUCAGGUAUCAGCAGGUUGAAAAGGUUAUUCUCACACUCAUCUUUGCUGCGAGAAGACUUAGGCCAUACUUCCAAUGUCACCCAAUCACGGUUAGAACCAAUCAACCCAUCCGCCAAGUAUUACAAAAGCCUGAUCUGGCGGGCCGGAUGAUGUCUUGGGCGAUUGAACUGUCAGAAUACCAAAUUAAUUAUGAACCAAGAACAGCCAUCAAAGCACAAGCCCUCACAGAUUUCAUUGCUGAGAUGACCCAUACCCCUGCAAGCGACAAUCAGUUGGGGGAAACCCCGGCGACGUGGAAGCUGUUCGUGGAUGGUUCAACCAACGCCAAAGGGUCAGGAGCUGGGUUGAUCGUGGAAAAUCCUGAUGGUGUGGCGAUGGAGCAUUCUUUGACCUUCGACUUCAGUACGACUAAUAAUCAAGCAGAGUAUGAGGCUUUGAUAGCCGGUUUACUUCAAGCCAGAGAACUGGGAGCCCAACAUCUCAAGGUUUUUAGUGACUCACAGCUGGUGACAUGUAAAAUUUCCGGCGAAUAUCAAGCAAAAGGUCCCCUGAUGUGCAAAUACUUAGAAAGAGUCAAAGAUAUAAUGGAGACAUUCAUGACAGUCAAGGUGGAGCACAUUAGGCGGGGAGAGAACACCUGGGCCGACAUACUCGCCAAAUUGGCCAGUACCAAGAGUCCAGGUAAUAACCGUUCGGUCAUCCAGCAUAACCUACAAACGCCAUGCGUUGUAAUGAGUAUUACGGGAGAAACAGAUGAAAUCACAGCUGACACCUGGAUCACUCCAAUCGUUAACUACCUUUCAGAAGGUACCCUCCCGCCAGACGUGAAAGAAGCGAAGAAGAUCGCCAGAAGGAGUGCUCACUUCUGCCUGAUGAAUGACCGGUUAUAUAAGAGAGGUUUCUCAACCCCACUGUUGAAAUGUUUGAACCCAGGAGACGUGGGGUAUGUGUUGGAGGAAAUCCACGAAGGAAUUAACGGCCACCACAUAGGUGGACAUUCUCUAGCAAGGAAAGCGCUGAGAGCUGGAUUCUACUGGCCGACCAUGGAGCGAGACACUUAUAACCACGUCAAGAAGUGCGAUAAGUGCCAACGUUUCGCGGACGUACAUAGAGCCCCACCAGAGGAGUUGACCUCGAUAACAUCGCCUUGGCCUUUUCAUAAAUGGGGAAUGGACAUUCUUGGACCUUUCCCAAAAGCCACGGGGCGUAUACAGUGGCUAAUCGUUGCCACAAACUACUUCACCAAGUGGGUAGAAGCUGAGGCAGUCGCCACCAUCACUUCUCAGAAUGUCAGGAAGUUUUUUUGGAGAAACGUUGUCUAUCGUUUUGGCAUCCCGGGAGAGGUUAUUACAGAUAAUGGCACCCAGUUUACCGAUUCUAAGUUCAGAGAAUUGAUGACGAACCUUCAAAUUCGGCACCACUUUGCAGACGUAGAACAUCCUCAAUCUAAUGGGUUAGUCGAGUCAGCUAACAAGAUGCUGUCCAAAGGAAUAAAAAAGAAGUUAACCUCCCAUAAAGGAGCCUGGCUUGAGAACCUCCAUGGCGUGUUGUGGGGAUAUCGGACAACUGCCCAAUCCAGUACGAGAGAGACCCCUUUCCGUCUGACUUAUGGUUCAGAGGCUAUGAUACCAGUCGAGAUCGGUGAACCUUCUUGGAGAAAGGAUCAAGUAACAGAGGUAACCAACAGUCAAGGUCUCAAAGAAACACUUGACUUAAUCGAAGAAAUCCGAGAACGGGCAGCGCAAUCUGAUCGCCAGUCGAAAGAAAGGUCAGCCAGCCGGUACAAUAGAAGGGUCAUCCUCAGGAAGUUUCAAACUUCUGACCUCGUUCUCAGGCAAGCCGACGUAGGAAACAAGAACGCUCAAGACGGAAAGCUCGCUCCGAAUUGGGAAGGGCCAAAUCGAAUAGCAAAGGUUUUGGGCGGCGGGUCAUACGCCUUAGAAACGUUAGGCGGGAAAGCCAUUCCAAGGGCUUGGAAUGCAGACAAACUCACUAAAUAUUAUAGCUGA